CGCAGUGCGGCCUAACUGGAGCCGCGACGAGGAGCCUCGAGGGGGUCGGUGCGCUCGGCGGCCGCGGUGAAAAUGUCAGAAGAGGCGGAGGAGGCGCCGGCUACCGUCGCCCCUGGCGGGGCGGAAGGCGUCGAAGAGCUCCCGGGGACGGAAGCCGGUGUUGACCAAGAAGUCCUUCCGAAUCCCGGGAGUGAUGGCACUCCGAAGCCAGACGAGGCCAUGCCAGUGCAAGGGUGCAAUGGGGUUAGUCUGGAAGACAGCACUGCAGCUCUACAGGCUGAGCCAGCCAGAGAGGAAGUCCCUCAGCCUCCUGCUCCAGAUGUGGGGAUGAUGAUGGCCUUGAGCCAGCCCAUGGAAGAUCUUUCCAUCACCUACCCUCUGGAGUUUGAACGGUACUGGAGGGCCACUCAAGAGAACCCCCUCGACUUUACUGCGUGGACUGAAUUGUUACAAUAUGUGGAACAGGAGAAUCACAUCUACGCCGCCCGCAAAGCUUUUGAUAACUUCUUCCUGAGGUACCCUUACUGCUAUGGCUAUUGGAAGAAGUACGCAGACAUGGAACGACGCUUUGACUUCAUCAAGGAGACUGAGGAGGUUUUCCAGCGAGGUUUACAGUCUAUCCCACUCAGCAUGGACCUCUGGAUCCAUUACAUCACUUUCCUGCAGUCCACCCUGGAUAUGAACCAUCCCGAUUCAGCUCAGAAAAUUUGUGGCACCUUUGAGUCAGCUGUGGCUGCUGCAGGAGUAGAUUUCCGUUCGGACAAGCUGUGGGAGAUGUAUGUGGAAUGGCAGAAGGAGCAGGGGGACCUGAAGGCCGUCACAGCCAUUUAUGACCGGGUGCUGUCCACUCCCACCCAGCUUUACAGCCACCACUGGGAAAACUUCAAGGAACACCUGACCAGCCAUCCCCCUGGAGAGAUCCUCUCCAUGGAAGAGCUGCUGUGGGUGCAGUCCAAGAUGGCCUCAGAGACAGUCGCCAAGACGGCAGAAAUGGAAGCCGAGGAAGCGCCGCCUGGAGAAGAUCUGCCACCGAAGGCGGAAACCAAGCAGGAGACGACAGACGGGAGUCAGAUGUUGGGGACACUGGACCAGGAUAAAGCCCAGGAGCUGGCCAUUUCGAUCCGCCAGCAGAUCUUCAGUCAGAACGAAGCCGAAGUCAGCAAACGCUGGAAUUUCGAGGAAGGGAUCAAAAGGCCCUAUUUCCAUGUUAAACCACUGGAGCGAGCACAGCUGCGGAACUGGCGGGACUACCUGGACUUUGAGAUCGCCAGCGGUUCACACGAACGCACCAUCGUGCUGUUUGAGCGCUGCGUCAUCGCUUGCGCCCUCUACGAGGAGUUCUGGAUCAAGUACAUAAGAUACCUUGAGAACCACAGCAUAACUGGAGCCAGAAGCGUUUUCCAGCGAGCUUGCUGUUACCAUCUCCCUCGUAAGCCCAACAUUCACCUCUUGUGGGCAGCAUUUGAGGAGAAACAAGGAGAAGUGGAAGAAGCACGGCGCAUCUUGAAGACUUUUGAGGACUGUGUGCCUGGCCUGGUUAUGGUGCGUUUGCGGCGGGUGAGCCUGGAACGUCGGCUGGGGAAUAUGGAGAUGGCGGAAGCGCUCCUGGUGGAAGCCAUACGGGACAACGAGGGGAUGCCUAUCUCUUCGUUCUAUUCAGUCAAGCUGGCUCGGCAGGUUCUAAAAGUGCAGAAAAAUCUCAUCAAAGCACGGAAGAUCCUCCUGGAAGCGUUGGAGAAGGACCCGGACAAUGCCAAGCUCUACGCGAACCUUUUGGAGAUGGAGUUCAGCGCCGAUGUCCGGCAGAAUGAGGGCAACACCAUGAGCAGUUUCGACCGAGCCCUGACCAGCGGGCUUCCCCUGGAGACCAAGAUCAUCUUCUCCCAGCGCAGAGUAGAGUUUCUUGAAGAUUUUGGAUCGAGCAUAAACAGUCUGCUGAUGUGCUACGAAGAGCAUCAGAAACUCCUGAACCAGCAAAUGAUGAGGAAGAGGCUCCUGGAAAAUGGCAGUGCUGAUGAAGCCGAUGAGAAAAGAUUGAGACUUGAAGAUGCAGCCGUGGGGGGUGGUGCCCUGGCCAUGGCAACGACGGGCAUCACGCCCUUGAUGGCAACAGACGUGAGCACCAGCACAUCGGGGGCUUACAACUAUAACACGUGGUACCAGAAUUAUGGUAAUUAUGGAUACCAGAACACGUGGAACUACAAUCAGUAUUACCAACAAACCUAAAAAUGAUUGGCAGGAGACACCAACAGCAUCUGUGGAACUGGGGGGCGGCUGCAGCUGCUUUUGCUCAACUUAUCAGCAGAAGCAAAUGUCUGUGACCUAAAGGGUCCUCUCUGACAGCUGUAGAGAAACUUGUUGCUAUCCCUAGAAAAAACUGGCCCUUUUUGUAUUGAUCUGACCUACCAACCAUUUUUUUCCUAAAUUUCCGAAACCUGAGAUCAAGAGUUCACUGUGGGGAAACAGGAUUUAUUCAUUCCAUGGCAGAGCUGAAAGGAUUCAAUGCCCAAGGAAAGUUCAAUGGAAACACUCCUGAAGAUGCACAACUACAGACUGUUCUGAUGCAGCAUCCUCUUAGCGGGUGCAAAAUUAACUUCAUUUUAAAUCAAGGCCUCUGAAACAGCAUGUCUUUUGUAAAAGGUUUCCCUCUGUACAUUUUCACUUUUUGCAGCUGUAAAUAAACUGGAAUUAGUAAUGUC